AUGGGGAGAUGCUGGAAUAUAUCAAGAAACGGUCCUGUUUUGCACGGUGGACGCCCUCACCUUGAAGCUAUGGUCUCCGAAGACUGUUCGACUCAUCACCGACUUGCUGCCCUGAUAAUCCUACAAGAGGUUAAAACACGACUUGAUGGAGGUCCAUCCUUCCAUGAUCUAAUAGUACUUGUUUGGAACUUAGCAGGAAUAUCAAUAUUACAGGCUCUUUCCAUUUAUUUGGUUUUAUUUUUCCAAAAGCGUGUUCGCUAUUGCUUCCCAUGCUCGUCUACAGCUGAUCAGUCAGCGCUUCUUGCUUUUAGAGAUCGCAUGAUCACUUCUGAUUCUCACAAAAUCUUGGCAAAAAACUGGUCAGUUACCUCCUCCGUCUGUGAUUGGAUGGGAGUCACCUGUCACGCUCGACAACGUCGAGUGACUGACUUGAAUAUUUCAAGCAUGAAGCUUACCGGUACCUUACCCCCUCAACUUGGGAACCGGUACUUUCUGGUUUCCCUUAACAUUAGCAGCAACAAUUUCCACGGAGAAUUGCCCCGUGAGUUAGUUCACUUGCGCAGAUUGAGAUACCUUGAUUUUGGGAUCAACAAUCUCUGUGGAGAGAUUCCCUCCUGGUUUGGUUCCUUAUACAAACUCCAAUACCUGUCAGUCAGAAUCUAUAGCUUUACGGGUUCUAUCCCGCCUUCCAUCUCUAAUAUGUCAAGCUUGGAGACUUCAUGGCUGUCUUGCAAUUCAAUUGAGGGGACCGUUCCAACAGAAUUUCAGAAUCUUCAUAAUUUGAAGAAUUUGAUUAUUGAGAGUAAUCAGCUUUCCGAUCCUUUGCCUCUCCAUGCUUUCAAUCUUUCCUCAAUGGAGAGCGUUUCCUUCUUGAAUAACAGCCUAUCUGGCAUUCUUCACAUCUGUCACCGUCUUCAGAAACUUACAUGGCUUUGUCUAGCAGAGAACAAUUUGAUCGGUCGAAUACCUUCAACGGUGUCUCAGUGUUCACUGCUUCGGUAUCUUGCCUUGUUUGGGAACCAUUUCACUGGAUCCAUACCUAACGGAAUCGGGAACUUGACAAUGCUGGAGGACCUAUACCUGCAGAUGAACAAUUUAACAGGUAAAAUGUAUUAG